AUGGCAAACUAUGUUAAAGAUAAGGGCAUGGACGGUUUCGCUCACUUCUUUGACAAACAAGCUGAAGAAGAACUUGAACACGCUGAAAAAUUAAGACAAUUCUUAUUUGCAAUUGAUGUAAGACCUGAUCUUGAAGGAAUUAAUAAACCAGAAACUGAAUUUGGUACAUUUACAGAAACAUUCAAGACUGCAUUAGAACACGAAAAAGAAGUUACAAAGAGAAUCAACGAUCUUUACGAUCUUUCAGUAAAGGAAAAUGACCACAGAGUUACUUCACUUCUACAAUGGUAUGUUGAUGAACAA